UGGGGUGUUGUUUCCCCAGGGGGGCAGGCUGUACUCCGUCCCCCAGCGCGUGGCACGGUCCCUGCCGGGCUCCGCGUGACUCUGCAGCCCGGUCCGUGCGCUCGGAGCCCGCCGGGCCCUGCCCCCAGGCUGGACGGGGGCUGCGCAGCUGCUGGGGCGGGCCGGGCCUCGGGCGAGGAGCCCAGCGGAGCCCUUAGCAGCAGCCCAGAAAUUCCAGCAGCACCGAGAUCUAUGGGUGGGAGAUUCUCUCUGCAAGGAGACAGAGAGACUGGCUUGAAAGUGGCUCAGCCUGUCUGACGGCCACCUGGGAAAAGGUCGUUUCCCUCUGAUGUACCAGAGAACGGCCACGGCAGAGCCAUGUCUGUCGAGGAUGAUGGCUCUGUAAUGCACCCCCCUGAGUCUGCAGUGGACCAGCGCUGGAAGUUCCUCGUCUUCUACCUCUGCUUUUACGGCUUCAUGACCCAGAUCAGACCUGGGGAGAGCUUCAUCACCCCCUACUUGCUGGGAGCUGACAAGAACUUCACCAUGGAAGAGGUGACCAACGAGAUAACUCCCGUCCUGUCGUACUCCUACAUGGCCGUCCUGGUGCCCAUCUUCCUGCUGACAGAUUACCUGUGCUACAAGCCGGUGCUGGUGCUGCAGAGCCUGAGCCACAUCUCCAUCUGGCUGCUGCUGCUCUUCGGCACCGGUAUCUUGGCCAUGCAGUUCAUGGAGUUCUUCUAUGGCAUCACCAUGGCGGCCCGCGUAGCCUACUCCUCCUACAUCUUCUCCCUGGUCACCCCCUCGCACUACCAGCGCAUGGCCAGCUACUCCCGCGCCGCUGUGCUGAUGGGGGUCUUCACCAGCUCGGUGCUGGGACAGCUCUGCGUCACCGUGGGCAGGGUGCCCUUCAUGACACUCAACUAUGUCUCGCUAGGGUUCAUGCUCUUUGGGCUCGUCCUGACGCUCUUCCUGGAGCAGCCCAAGCGAAGCCUCUUCUUCAACCGGAGCGAUGGCCCCUCGCCUUCGGAGCUGGACAGGAUGCACCCCGUCGGGGGCAAGCCAGUGCCCCCUGCACCCUCCCGCUGGCGCAGCUCGGCCCUCUUCCGUAUGCUGAGGGAGCUCGGCACUAUCGCCAAGCUGCCCCAGCUGCGGCUCUGGUCCCUCUGGUGGAUCUUCAACUCUGCCGGCUACUAUCUCAUGCUCUAUUAUGUGCAGCUCCUGUGGAAUGAGAUUUACCCUACCACGGACAACAGCAAGGUCUACAACGGCGGGGUGGAUGCUGCCUCAACGCUGCUCGGAGCCAUCACCGCCUUCGCUGCGGGCUACAUGAAGAUCCGCUGGGCGCUGUGGUCGGAGCUGGUGAUUGGCGGCGUGACGGCCUUCCAGGCGGGGCUGCUUUUGCUGAUGAGCACCACCAGCAACAUCUGGCUCUGCUACGGGGCCUACAUCCUGUUCAGGGGUUCCUACCAGUUCCUGGUCCCCAUAGCCAUUUUCCAGAUUGCCACCUCCCUCUCCAAAGAGCUCUGUGCCCUGGUGUUUGGCGUGAACACCUUCUUUGCCACUGUCCUGAAGACCAUCGUAACCAUGAUCAUAUCAGACAAGCGGGGCCUGGGCCUUUCGGUGCAUCCGCAGUUCUACGUGUACUUCGCCUACUUCACGCUGCUGGCGGUGGUGUAUCUCGGGGCAGCGGUGUGCGAGGCCGUGAGGCACCGCCGGCGCAAGGUGCCGCAGGAGCCGGCCUUCGCCAAGGAGCUCUGCAGCCCUGCUGAGGAGGCACCAGGGAAGGAGAGGAGCUCGGAGCCGGGCAGCGUGCACAUCUGAGUGCAGGUGGGAGAGGAGACGCAAGGGAGUGGCCUGUGUGCAUACCCCAGCCGCGUCACCGUCCCAGGGAACGGCGGGCCCAUCCCAGCCAGCAGCCAGCCCUGCCGCGGUCCUCUCACCUUCCUCGCCGUGUCAAUGCGCAGCUGAGAAAGCCAGUAGCGCAGGCCAGAGUGGGGCUACAGUCCUGGCCUAGCUCGUAGGGGCCGCUAAUCCCCAGGCUGUGCUCACUCUUGGCUGCCAGGCUGCCACUCCUGCCCGCGGCUCUGCUCCCAUCACAGCCUCAGCGUCAGAAGAAGCUGCACCGUGCAAACCCCAGUGUUAAGAAUUGCCUUUGAGGACAGAACGGCGCCAACCCGGAGAUCCCGUCCCAGCGCCAGGCCUGCUGCUUUGAGUGACACGGCUCCGUUUCUGAUGUGGUUCCUGAGCCGGGUUUUCCCAAUCGACACUUGUGCACACACACACUCAUUCAGGGUGACCUGUGCCAAGUGAACCAGAAAAUCAGGGGGGGGCUACACCCAAGAUGUUGCUAAGAAAAGCCAUUGAGGCCCUUUUCUUAACCUCUGGUGUCAGCCCUCAUGGGUCCCGUGUUCCAGCUUUGCCCCACAAGGGCUAGAAGCGUGCUCUCUGUAGUGAAAGCUGAGUAUCCUGUGUAAUCACCUGACUCCAGGCUCUGGGGCUUGGAGCACUGCACCCGAUUGCCCCUCCCCCCAUGCACUGCUUCGGCAACUGUCUGAAUGGCACCUGUGCAGCCGCUGCAGCUACUACUGCCCCAGCCAGCUGCUUCCUCCAUGGCUCCCCCGGGCCUUGAAUCUGCUGCCACACCGGGGGGGGGACACCAGCCAUGCCCUUCCUGCACACGGGUCCAUAGCUUUACAGCAUGGCCCACUGAGCAGCCUUGCCCUGUACUACAGGGCUGGAAAGUCCUUGUGCUAACCUGGGGCCUUGUGGCAUAACUACGGCUCGUACUGCAUAUGUCCAGGGAGCUUUGACCCAAGCAGGACUGUGGUUGGCUCUCCUUGCCCCCCCACUGGGCAGCUGUGGGUCAGGGUCAGGGUCUGGCCUGGGUGAGGCUGAGCGGGUGAGCUGUGCCUUCCUGCCUGGCAUACAUCAACUGACUGUAACAGAUGGCCGAGGGCAGCUGGCAGCCCAGCGCAGGGCUAGGGGGCCCAUUGCUGCCCUUAGAUGCUCUGCUCCUCUGGGGCCUGCAGCCUGCACGGUGGUG